UGAUCUGUGCCCACACGACAUGUGCAUACAAGUACUAAAAAGUAUUUUUCUUGUCUGUGGUUAAUAGUUUUCAAUAUGUCAGACGGCAGGGACGAUGAGAAUUUAUUUUUAUUUUUAAUAAGUUAGGAUAUUGUUAGAAAACUGUGAAUAUCAUGCAGAAAUGUAAUAUUAAUCUGUGAUCUCUUUCAUUGUAAAAUUAAAACUUUUGUAUGGCAUUGCUCUGAAUUCAUCAUCUAUUCACGUCACGAAAGGAUCAAAGUGGUUCCAGUUAUUGUUUUAUUCUUGAUCUUGUGCAGUAAAUAUUGGCGGCUAUAAGUGUAUGUGUAUAAUUAGUAAACAAGUGUAUGGGAUUAGUGUAUUGUAAAUAAAAAAUAUUGUUUGCACGCGCAUGCGUUUCUGUUAAAAACAGACAAAGGUUUUGUGUAAUUUGAAAAUCAGCUGUAUUGUAAAUGCAAUGACUUAGUUAUAUGAAAAGUGUGUGUGUUUAGAAGUGACAAUGUUUAGUGAAAUUGGUUACAUAGUUUUUCUACUUCUCGCACUGCCAUAUAUCGAAAGUGCAUCGCGACUACGCCUCAACGAGUAUAUAGAACAUUACGAGCCCCUGGAGUACGACUCCAUAUCGGUACACGAGCAGCAUCUUCGGAGACGAAGGUCAACAGACUCACAGUCUGACCUCCGCCUGGAUUUCAAAGCCCACGGCAAGAAAUUCAGACUUCGGUUGAGGCGGGACCUCUCCGCGUUCAGCGAUGAUUUUAAGGUGGAGGAUUCCCGUGGCCAGCUCCAUGAUGUGGACACGUCGCACAUUUAUCACGGAGAGCUCGAGGACGACCCGCGUUCCAGUGUGUUCGGUUCGGUGACGGACGGCGUCUUCGAAGGGAAGAUUAUGGCCAAAGACGGGUCGUUCUACGUGGAGCACGCACGACGGUACUUUCCGCCGAACAACACGCGCACGCGCGGCCACUCCGUCAUCUACAAGGAGAGCGACGUCAGCGAUCCCUACGCGCACCGGAGACACGGGCAUGUAGGAGGUUGCGGCAUCACAGACGAGGUGGUGCAAUGGAUGGAGCGCAUCCAGAACUCUGGAGUAGACGACGAGAUGCCGUCGACACCUGCUCCCCCCGCGGCCCCUUCUGCCCCCCCUCCGCACCAACCGCCCGUCUCGCCGCCCCCACAUCCCAACAGUCUGAGAGAUGACUCUCCAAGAUAUUGGGACUUCCCACACCAUCACAACAAAUACUCGAGGAGCGCAAACACGGGUGAACAUUCUCGUUCGCGGCGAGCGGCGAUCGAGAACAGGGAUCGCAACACGUGUUCGCUGUACAUACAGACGGACCCGCUCAUAUGGCGGCACGUCAGGGAGGGGUUUCCUGAGCACCGGGACUUAUCCAAAAAGGCGGAAGUGGACAUGAAGACGCGAGAGGAGAUUCUCUCCCUUAUCUCGCAUCACGUCACAGCUGUCAACUACAUCUACCGAGACACCAAAUUCGACGGGCAGAUGGAACAUAGGAAUAUUAAGUUUGAAGUACAGAGGAUAAAGAUCGACGACGACUCAAUGUGCAACACGCAUCACUUUGAAACGAACCAGUUUUGCUUAGAAAACAUCGACGUAUCAAACUUCCUGAACCUGCACUCCCUGGGCAACCACGAAGACUUCUGCCUAGCUUAUGUGUUCACGUACAGGGACUUCACCGGAGGCACUCUCGGCUUAGCGUGGGUGGCAAGUGCAAGUGGCGCCUCUGGCGGCAUCUGCGAGAAAUACAAGACAUACACUGAGACGAUAGGAGGGAUGUAUCAGAGCACCAAACGAUCCCUAAAUACGGGAAUAAUUACAUUUGUAAAUUACAAUAGUCGGGUUCCGCCCAAAGUCAGCCAGUUAACGCUCGCUCACGAGAUUGGACACAAUUUUGGAUCACCACACGAUUACCCAUCCGAAUGUCGUCCGGGCGGUCAGCAAGGCAACUUCAUAAUGUUCGCGUCGGCCACUUCAGGCGACCGUCCGAACAACAGUCGUUUCUCUUCAUGUUCCGUCGGGAACAUUAGCGCAGUGUUAGACGCUGUGAGAGACGGCAGAAAGAGGAACUGUCUAACGGCUAGCGCGGGCGCUUUUUGUGGGAAUAAAAUUGUUGAAGAUGGGGAGGAAUGCGAUUGUGGUUAUGACGAGAACGAAUGUAAGGAUCACUGCUGCUAUCCUCGGCAAGUUAGUUCCUACGACAAAGAGAGAAACGUCACAGCCAAAGGAUGCACUAGGAAAGCCAAUACACAAUGCAGUCCAUCGCAAGGUCCAUGCUGCCACGCGCGCACAUGCCAAUUCGUGCUCGCGUUCCGAAAUCAAACAUGCCGGGAAGCCACGGAAUGUAGCCACGCUUCUUUUUGCUCCGGACGGUCGGCAGAGUGUCCUGAGCCUAGAGUCAUGUCAAAUCACACCAAAUGUAACAAUGGCACCCAACUUUGCAACAACGGCGAGUGCACCGGCUCGAUCUGCCUCGCGUGGAACAUGAAGGAGUGCUUCCUGUCGUCGGCGCCCACCCAGAAGGGCCCGGGCGUGACGGCGGUGGUGGACCGGCGGCUGCUGUGCCAGCUGGCGUGCCAGACCGGGCCCGCGCCCGACUCCUGCCAGAGCACGGCCGAGUUCGCGGACCGCGUGGGGCUGCCGCCGGGCGGCAUCAGUCUGCGGCCCGGCUCGCCCUGCGAUAACUUCCAGGGCUACUGCGACGUAUUCCUCAAAUGCCGGGCGGUAGACGCCGAAGGUCCCCUCGCUCGUCUGAAGAACCUCCUCCUGAACCGAGCUACCCUUCAGUCGGUUCAGGCGUGGGUGACGGAGCAGUGGUGGGCGGUGCUGCUGGCCGGCGUGGCGCUGGUGGUGUGCAUGGGUGCCUUCGUCAAGUGCUGCGCUGUGCACACACCCUCCUCCAACCCCAAGCGACCCCCCGCGCGGCGGCUGUCGGAGACGCUGCGGCGGCCGAUGAACACGCUGCGGCGCAUGCGGCACCCGGGCGGGCCGCGCGCCGCGCCCCGCGCCGGCCACCGCCGCGCGCGCGCCGCCAAGGGCUACGCCGCGCCCGCCGCCUACUGCGCCAGGGACGUGGCAUCAGCGCCCGCCGGUCCCUCGUCGCGUCGCAGUGAGCCGUACGCAAAUGCGUACCCACAAUCGUACGAACUUCGCCCACAAAAGGUCUGACAGUACCCAAUGGCGUUGGAGCUGGUGCUUUUAGGCUACGUGUGUCGGUCUGACGCCGCUUCCCAGACUACCAUCACGCUCCACUCCCCAGAGACGCUAGCUGUCACAAAUAGGCAAGAAGAUAUCUAGGGAACAUGAUCUGCAAACAAUAGAUAAAGGACAAGGUCUUUUUUUAACAGGAUAUCUAAAGGACGCGGUCUGACACGAUUUAAUGGUUAUGCCCAUUCGUAGAAGUACUCUGUUUCUCGUUAGCCAAGUGUUGCCGGUUUGACAGUACCCCCUGACGUUAGAGCUGGAGUUUUCGUGCCACGUGGAUCGGUCUGAUGCCUUGUCAGCUAUCACAGUUAGCCACGAAUAUAUACGAGAACAAAGUCUAUUUUUUUUCGAGAUAACGCGAUAUGAUAUGUUCUCCCGAUAUACUUAAUAGAACACGGUCUAUUGUACCAAGAUAUCUAGGGGACGCGGUUUGAUUACAUCUUUCUCGCCUCGCAUACCACAAUAUCACAUUCACUCCCUUAAAAACACCAACUGUCACAAACAGGUAGGACUACAUCAAGGAUUCAUGAUAUAUCACCACCUCUAAAAUGUCCGAAUAUUUUGGAGGAUACGGGCUAUCCAAGCUCUAGUUACCAAAAUUUGAACCUUCGCGUUGCCAUUUACAUUUUAUAAAUGAUAAAGGUAUUAAACGCGCGUAACGUACCUUUACUUUAUCUCGGAUUUUCAAAUUAUAUUACAGUCGCUCGAUGACCACGGGACAUUUUAACAUGAUUCGAAACGUUCGAGAUAAAUAAAAGAUACCUUACGAGCGCGGUUAAUACCAGUGUUAUUUAUAAAUAGUUACCAAGAUAUCUGGAGGGUAACGAUCGUUCACGAUGCUUAUCUUCCCUCUCUGUUUAACUCUGAGGUUUUACAAAAAAAUUGGAAAGAGGGAGAUGACGUAUUAUUGCAAUAUAUUUCCGAGAUGUGCAGUAUUAUGAUGUGCUCUGGGUUUUCAGAAGUGCACAAAUUAUGUCGACGGAAAUCUGAAUGUUAAAAACUAUUGAAGGUCGGAUUUCUACCACGUUCAGUUCAAAUUGGUAGAAAUUCUUAUCAUACCUUUGAACUAAUUAUUAUUCAAGCGUGCGAUGUAUAUUCAUGAAUUAAAGUACGAAAUAAGACCGCGUUCUUGAAAUAGAUCUUGUUACCUCAAAACCGUUGACCCUAGUUUACAUGGACUUAGUAUCUAUUUUAUUACUAACGACAAAAAUGGUGGAUAUUCAUUGUGCCCUACUACAGAGAACUAACAGAUCAAAAAAGACUCGAAGGUACUAAGUUCAUGUAAACAGGAUGUUAAAGCAGGCGUCCCCACGCCGACUCGAGGCGAGCCGCUACGCACAGUGCCCCCUUUUUUAAUGAAUUUGACUGCUUUCGUUUGUGAUUCGUAAGAGGAUAAUAAAUAUUUUGCUCAAUACGAAUAUCGGUAUACUGAACUGGGCUCAAAUCUACCUUUGGCGACGUGUCUAAAAUAAGCUGUUAUUUUUAUACUCUAAAUGAUGACUAAAGCUAGUUUUGCAAACGGCGCGAUCACUCGAGCCGGUGACUUUUAUAUUUGUUAGGGUAAACCCCGCACUGGACAUUUAUGUAUAUUUUUGUAUAUAAAUGGAGAGGUUAUACGAAGGCUAUGAUGUAUAAAUAUCAUACAGACAUACUAAACUUUCGUACCGAUAAUACAAUAUGAUAACUGUAUAAAAUAUUGCAUUGUUUUACUUGGAAUCUCUGUAAGUUAAUAGUUUUUUAUAAAAAAAAAGUUAUUUUUAUCAUAUUUAAUGUAAACGUAAGUGGAAUAUCGAGGUGCCAUUAUACCUGUUUCUUCGUUACCCCUUUCCCAAAGCCGCGGUGUAACAUAACAUUGACCUCCACGAUUGUUUAGUAAAUUUAUGGGCUCAAAAAGACUUUUUCAAAAUUUGCAUUUAGUCUUCCUAUGGCCACUGAUGUACUUUUGGAUUCAUUAAAUUUAUUUACUAUAAUUUUAAGUAGUAUAUAAUAUGAAAUUAACAGUAUUGCCAAAUGAUCAAAUAUUAUUAGACUGAAAAUCAUUCAAUCUCGCUAUGGUAUUAAAAAAAUGAAUGCAUUUUUUAAUUUUAUAGCUGUGUGUAUGAGUUUGUGCGUAAAAUGGCUCAAAUGCUGCAAUUAUGAUACAAUUAUGUUAACCGUGGAAGUAAUUAUGAAUAAUUUUUCGAGUACUUUUCUUUCUAUAUUCACUGGAAAUAGUGAAGAAUGAGAUGUUUUGGGAAGUAUUCCCAAUAAAAUUACUUUAUUCAGAAAAAUCCUCUCAAUUCUUCACUACAUUCAGAGAACAUUUCGCGUCAAAUUAAAUGAAAAGUUCUUAAGUCUUAAUAUUCGUAAUUAUGUGUGAAAUUUUAAAGACAACCGUGGACUACGUAUUUGACGAAACGAAGUUGCAUAUCACAGUACACUUCUUUUAUAUCAGACGACGAGUAUUUCGUUGGUUCAGUUCAAUUGAUCUCUUUGAUAGGUAAUGAGAUUUUAUUAUCGAUCAUAACUACGUAGAGUUACUUUCCGUCGUGCAAGCCAAAGAGCAUGAUGUAUUUUUUAUUAUUUCUACACAUUAAUGUUAAGGAUCAGUCUUAUAAGUAUACCAUAUUAAUGCCAUUUUAUUAGUGAAUGUCGAAACAAUAUGCAAGUUCUUCGUAAUUGUACUAUAAGAUUGUAUAUUUGUAUGUAUACCGAGAGCGUCGUAAUGUUUCCGUUGUAGAGUGACUUGACCAAUCGCGUAAUGGUGGAAAGCAUUAAUUCCAUCACUAGUAGUACUCAAUGGCAUUAUUUCUCCUAAGUAUAAGCUAGUUUACCGUAAUAGAUUAUUUAAAUGACAAUUUAAUUAACAAAAUGAAUGUUACAACAUGUGAUUUCAAAAUAAAAUAAAAAAACAAUAAAUUUUACAUGAAA